AUGGGAGCCGAACAGUCAACUCCGCGAGUCGGCGGCAACCAGACAGCCACUCCGCGCAAGACGUGCUACUACGAGCUGCUCGGCGUUGAUCGCAAUGCUACAGACGAAGAAAUCCGGCGAGCAUACAAGCGAAAGGCUCUCGAGCUGCACCCGGACCGCAACCUUAACGAUGUCGAGAACGCCACGAAACGAUUCGCUGAGGUCCAGACUGCCUACGAGAUUCUAUCUGAUCCGCAGGAGCGAGCUUGGUAUGACUCUCAUCGCGAUGCCAUUCUCAGCGGCGAGGACGACAUUAGCUCUGGCGCUCCAGGCACCGAAAGGUCCCCCGGAGGCCACACAUCUGCCAGCGCAAUCUUCGAUUUGAUGAGCCGCUUCAACAAGAGUGUACCGAUGGAUGAUAGCCCAAGGGGCUUUUUUAGCAUCCUCAACGAGUUCUUCGACCAGCUUGCUGCGGAGGAAACCGCGGCAUCUGAAUACAAUGGUGCUGAGCCAGUGCUAUACCCCCCUUUUGGCAAGUCUACCGACGACUAUGAGACCGUUGCAAAGCCAUUCUACAGUGUGUGGUCCAGCUUUUCAACCCGGAAGUCGUUCAGCUGGAGGGAUAAAUACCGUCUCUCGGAUGCCCCUGACCGCCGUGUUCGCCGCUUGAUGGAGAAGGAGAAUAAAAAGUUUCGCGAGGAGGGGAUUCGGGAAUUCAAUGACGCUGUCCUGUCCCUGGUGGCCUUUGUCAAGAAGAGGGACCCGCGAUAUAGGCCUAAUAAGCAGUCUGAGGUCGAAAGGCAACAGCUUCUGCGGAAUUCUGUAGCAGCUCAGGCAGCACGGCAACGGGCAGCGAACAAAGAGAAGUUGGCUGAGUUUGUCAUGCCUGAAUGGGUUCAAUCCAGGGAAGUUGAUGAGAACGAGGGCGGCUUCUCGCUUUCGGAGGAAGAGGAGGAAAUCGAGGAGAUCGAAUGUGUUGUGUGUAACAAGACAUUCAAGAGCGAAAAGCAAUUUGAGGCUCAUGAAAAGAGCAAAAAGCACAUCAAAGCGGUACAGCAGCUCAAAAGGCAAAUGAGGAAAGAGGACCAGAACUUUGACCUUCAAGACCCAUCUCCUUCGCGGUCUGCACCUGCCGAACCUGAGGAUGAAGAGGAGGGCAUCACUGAAGUGCCCAAUGUGCACCUUGGGAUUACCGUGGAAGAUACCAAGCACAUCUCUCCACAACUAGAUCAGGAGGAAGAAGGGCAACCCGAAGUCUCAUCCAGUGAAGAAGAUGACGAGUACGCCCCCAGAUCAAAGGUUGAGGAACGAAUUUUAGGGGGCAAUAAGAAAGGCAAAACCCCAAAGGAUAACAUCGCCAAGGUUGUCGACACCGCAACUGCCAGCCUUGAAGACCUUACAUUGGAGGAUGACAGCAUUGCUAAGCCAAAUGGUGCAAAGAAAAUCGGCAAAGCCAAGUUGAAAAGAGAGAAGAAAGCCGCUCGCCAGGCAUCUGAGGCACAGGCUGCAAAUCAGCACAAAUGCGCUGUCUGCAACGCUACGUUUGAGUCACGAAACAAACUCUUCCAGCAUGUUAAGGAGCUGGAUCACGCCACCUACGUUCCCAAUACAAACAAGGGAAGUGGCAGCAACAAAAAAAAGCGGCGCUGA